CCGUCCUCGUCGCCGACGCCGCCGCUGCACCGCCGCGACGCCGGCCGACGCCUCGCCGACCGACGCCAUCGCCGGAGGGAGCUGCCGCCGGGCUGCCGCGGCGCCGAGCUGCCCCCGAGGCGCCGCCCGAAGCGGCGGGCGCAGAGGCCCGCGCGGGCAAAAGGAUGAGGGCGGCGCCCCGCGGGGGAGCGGCCGCGGGCGAGGGCCCCGACCAGGUCGACCCCUACCAGUUCGACCCCGCGGAGGCCCGCCGGAUCUUGGCAAGGAUGGAGGCGCCCGACGGCGACUGGGCGCCGGGUUGGAUUUUCCGCCGAACUCCGUGGCAUCGGGCGGCGCGCGGGGUCGGGCCCAAAGAUCCCGCGAGCCCCAGCAGCUCCGACACCGAAGAGUGUUCGAAGUGUGGCUGUCUAUCUAGGACGCCUCCGGCGAAUCGCCGUCGGCGACGACGAGGGGGGGGCGAGGUGGGGGGAGGGCCAGCAG